UAGACCAGGACUAAACCCAACACCACUUUAAACGAGCCAAUCCCAGCAGCACUGACAGGUCACAUGACUCUGGAGUGAAGCCACGCCCACUUUCACAGGUAAUGAUCAGGGUCUCCUGUACCUGAUGAACAUUCUACCAUAGACCUGCAUGUAGAACGCCCACAGGACUAAACCAGGACUAAACCAGGACUAAGCAGGUCCAGGAUGGGCUCUGGUCUGUGUAAGAAGAAGUCGGUCUCAGAGCCAGAGGAGGAGCCGGCCCCGAAGCGCAGUCUGGUCCUAAACCUGACCCGGAGAGGACUCAAGGAGGUCCCUGCUGAGGUCUGGUCUCAGUCUGAUCUGCAGAAGUUGAACUUGUCCCUGAACUGUCUCCAGUCUGUGUCUCCUCAAAUCUGUGUCCUCAAGAACCUCCAGGUCCUCAACCUGUGGGACAACCAGGUGGGGGCGCUGCAGAGACUCAGAGUUUUGUUUUUAUCCAGAAACAAACUCACAGAGAUUCCAGAAGAACUGGGCCAGUGUACACAACUACAGGUCCUCAGUGUGUCUCAGAACCAGCUCAGGUCUUUGCCCUGGACUCUGUCCAACCUCCAGAACCUGAACAAACUGAACCUGAGCAGCAACAACUUCAGCCAGAUCCCCACGUGUGUGUACAGCCUCAAGAGCCUGGUGUUCUUGGACCUGGGCUGGAACCUUCUGGAGAACCUGGCGGAGAACAUCCAGAACCUGUCGGAGCUCAGGACCCUGAUCCUGGAAGGAAACCACCUGAGCAGCCUCAACAAAGCCCUGUGCAACCUGAGAAGUCUGGAGCUGCUGAACGUCGACUUCAACGACAUCAAAGACGUUCCUCAGGAGUUCCAUCAGCUGACGGGGCUUCGUAGACUCGCCUGUCACCCUCUGGACUCAGGUCUCCACAUCUUCCACAACCCUCUGCUGAAGCCCACCAAGGAGGUCCUGGAGGGAGGUCUGAGCGCCCUCUACAGCUACCUGAGGAACCCCGCCUAGACCAGGACCUGGACC